ACUGCAUUAUUCUGUACAGUCUUUCUUUGUAUCUUUGUUUUAGAUAUAGUUUUUCUAAUCUGUGACAGUGUACAUUUGUACGUUGAAUGAAUUUUUUCUUUUUCAUUUGAUAAAUUUUCUCUCCAAAUUCGAGAUAUUUCUAAUCUAAAUAUCAUAAACUGUAAUAUAAAAUGUAUAUUAUAUAAAUUAGAAAAGAAUAUAAUUUUGCUAAAAUGUCGAGCAAAUAUCAAAAUACCAGUCUUGCUGUGCAGAAUCAGCUGGUGCAAUGGCUCAACGAAGCCGGUAUGACGGAGGGCAACAAAAAAGCAAAUUUGCUGCGUAAAUCUAUAGAAAUUCUUAUGCAUCAAACACCACAAAUGAUUCCUGUUUACAUGGACAAUAUAUUAAGCUGUGUUAGUGAUAAGUCCACUGAUGUUAAAAAACUAGUUGCAGGUUUUAUUGAAGAAUUAAGUAAAAAACAUCCAGACCAUCUACCUAAGAUAGUGGGUCAGCUUCGGCUUCUACUUUUGGACAAUGUGAUUGCUGUGCAGAAGCGAGCAAUACAGGCCGCUAGCAUUCUGUACAGAAACACUUUAACAUGGAUCUGUAAUAGUGACUCACAGCCAUCAGAGUUGCAGUAUGUUUGGGAACAUCUUACACAGUUAAAGCUUUUAGUUUUAAACAUGAUAGACAGUGACAAUGAAGGUAUUCGGACACACUCAAUUAAGUUUUUGGAGGAAGUGGUGUUAUUGCAGAGUUCUAGUGAUGGUACAGAUAGUGAACUCAGCCUUGACAGCCUGCCAAGGCACCUUUCAUUCAUUAACAGGCGAGCUCUUGAGGAAGAAUCAGAGCACAUAUUUAAAUUGUUAGUUAAAUUUCACAACUCACAACAUAUUUCUAGUGUGAACUUGAUGGCUUGUAUGACGACAUUAUGCUUACUAGCUAAACUUCGACCAAAAUACUUGGCCCGAGUCAUUCAAGCAUUAGGGGAUCUACAUACCACAUUACCACCAACAUUGUCACAAUCUCAAGUCAAUUCAGUGAGAAAACAUUUAAAGAUGUUACUGAUAAAUCUCAUAAAGCAUCCAUCAUCUAAUGAAAUGUUGCCACAACUUACACAACUGCUAAUAGACAUAGGCAUGACAACUCAGGAAAUAAACAAAGCUUUACCAAAAGAAAAAAGGAAUAAAAGAUUAGGUGAAAUUAGAAAUGGAGAUACUCCAUCAAAGAAAAUUAGGAUUGACUCACCACAAAGUAAUAGUCAAGGAAGUGACAGUAACAGUAAUAGUCGGAGUGAUUUCAAUCUUUUCGAAGAUGAUAGCAAUCAGAGCAUAAAACCUGCAGUUACAGAAGACACACUCUUUGAAGGUUUGAAUAGUGUGGAAAAUGUUGUUAACCUCGUAACAAGCACAUUAUUGACUAAUCUUCCAAAUGAAAUGCCCAGUGAUUUCAUUAAUGUCUACAAACCUAUACCCAACUCUGGAAGUAAAGCACAAAAGAGAAGUUUGGCAAAAUUAAUAUUAUCAGUAAUUAAAGGUGAACCUGUUGCUCUUCCGCCAGAUGAGAGACCAUCUUUGUCAGACAUUGCUGCUAAAAUUCCUUUACUCAGAGAUGAUGAUGAGAAGGUAACUCUAAAAAAUGCUGUGGCUAAAUUACAAGAAUCUACAAAAGAAAAGCAGGUAGAAAGUGCUAUUUUUAAACUUAUGGAAGAAACUCGCCAAGAGCACUUGAAAGAAGAGGAAAGACGAGCAAAAGAAAAGGAAAAGAUUAUACCACCACCAACACCUACAGUUCCUAAACUCAAGCAAAAGGUUAAACUAUUGAAGUUGCAAGAAAUAACUCGACCCAUACCUAAGGAGAUAAAAGAGAAACUUAUGAUUCAAGCAGUUGGCAGAAUUUUAAAAGCGGAAAAAGAAAGCGCAAUUGGUGGCGCCGCUCAAAUUCGAGCAAAGUUUAUAACUAUUUUUGCAUCAAGUUACACGCCAGAAAUUCGAAACAUAGUUCAAAAUUACAUUCUAGAAGAUCCAAUGACUAGGAUAGAUUUAGCUAUCUCAUGGCUGUAUGAGGAAUAUGCUUUUAUGCAGGGAUUUAAUCGUCAUCCAGUGACUUUACAGCCCAAAGUGCAUGAGAAACCUGAUCAAAAUUACAACCAGUUGCUGUGUGCACUAAUUACUGAAAUAUCAGAGAAUGGUGAUCCUGCUGUGGAAAAUUCAAAGGAUGUGUUACUGAGAAAGAUAUAUUCAGAAGCUCCAUUAAUUACGGAUGAAGCAGUAGAUUAUUUGAAACAUUUAGUGACUGAAGAAAAGUUCGCAUUUUUAGCAUUAGAUGUAUUGGAGGAACUGUGUAUUAUGAGACCACCUCGUGCUCACAAGUAUGUGGCGUCGCUCGUGUGCCAUGUUUUAUCUGAAAAUGAAGAAAUUAGGGAGACUGCAUUGAAGUUAGUUGUGAAGAUCUACACACGUUGCACAGAUGCUGUUAAAAAAGUGAUAGAGAAACAUGCAAUGUUGUACUUAGGAUUCAUAUCACUAGGAAGUCCACCACCUGAACUGCUCACCGCCCGGCACGGCAUCCGAGUGCCAUGGAACGAUGAAAUGUUCAAACUGUGUUUGAACUUGAUUAUGGCACUGUUCCCUCAUAAUGAAGAGCUAAUCGUGGAGGUGGGCCGCGUGUACGGGUGCGCGGGCUCGGACGCGAAGCGCGUGGUGCUGCGCGCGGCGGAGGGCCCGGUGCGCGCGGUGCUGGCGGCGGCCGCGGCCGCGGGCGGGGGCGGGGGCGGGGGCGGGGGCGGGGGCGGGGGCGGGGCGGCACCGCAGCUGCGGCCCGCCUUCCGCGCGCUGCUCGACGAGUGCCCUCGCGGCGCAGAGACGCUCUUGACCAGGCUCGUGCAUAUAUUCACAGAGAAAGCGCCGCCGAGUGCGGAGUUAGUGUCCCGCGUGCGGGAAUUGUACGCAACUCGGGUGUCGGACGUAAGGUUCCUCAUACCCGUCCUUACUGGAUUGUCUAAGAAAGAGAUACUGGCUGCUUUACCAAAAUUAAUAAAGUUGAAUCCUAUAGUUGUAAAAGAGGUAUUCAACAAGUUGCUGGGCUUACAGAAUAUUCAUGAAGAGAACUCUCCAGUCACUCCUGCCGAACUACUUAUAGAACUACAUUUAAUAGACCCAAGCAAAGCGGAUCUCAAAUACAUCAUAAAGGCGACGGCACUAUGCUUUGCUGAGAAACUUAUAUAUACGCAAGAUGUGGUGGCGGCAGUACUACAGCGGUUGAGCGAGGAGCCAGAGAUCCCGGUGCUGCUAAUGCGCAGUGUACUACAAGCCCUCACUCUGUACCCUGCUCUCGAGCCCCUAGUACUCAACGUGCUGCAGCUUCUCAUAGACAAGGAGGUGUGGAUGAACAAAGUGGCGUGGGAGGGCUGGAUCAAGUGCUGCACGCGGUUACUGCCUGCCUCGUGCAGUGUUCUUGUCGUUUUACCGCCGCGAGGGCUGCAAGCGUUUCUCUCGUCCGCGCCCACAGCGCUGCAGCCGCUGCGCGCCCAUCUCGCCACGCUGUCGCCCCCACUGCCCGCGCACCUUACAUCGUUAAUGCACCAGGAAGCUCAGUAUACGCAGCCACUGAACCCAUUAGAGCCGCUGCCUCCCGGAAUGGAAUGACCCAAGCACUCGCGCAACAUCACUCAUUUCACUGUGACUGAAGGACGAUAGUUACUAAGUGUGAAAAUCCUAUGAACAUUGUGUUAUCUUUGUAAAUUAGUUAUUUAAAUACAACAUUAUGUUUAUCUU